CAGACACUCUCGGCCUCUCUGAGAUUCAGAAAUUUGGGAGCCGUGCAGAGAGGGAUGCACACAAGCCGCCUUCAGGAUUUGGAAAGAUUACAGAAAGGAAAAAAAAUCCCGUGGCUCCAAAUGACAUCCAGAGAACCAAAGACAAGCCUCCAAAAUGCCUACCCACCUGCCAAGAGGCUGCCGCCGAAGGUGGAGGGAGAGGUAGAAGCGGAUGAGUACUGCACUCCCGGAGCCUUCGAGCUGGAGCGUCUCUUCUGGAAGGGCAGUCCUCAGUACACCCACGUCAACGAGGUCUGGCCCCAGCUCUACAUCGGUGAUGAGGCGACGGCGCUGGACCGCUACGGGCUGCAGAAGGCGGGCUUCACGCACGUGCUGAAUGCGGCUCAUGGCCACUGGAACGUGGACACGGGCCCCGACUACUACCGCGACAUGGCCAUCGAAUACCACGGCGUUGAGGCCGACGACCUGCCCACCUUCGACCUCAGCGUCUUCUUCUACCCAGCGGCCGCUUUCAUCGACGCGGCGCUCAGCCAGGACCACAGUAAGAUCCUGGUUCACUGUGUCAUGGGCCGCAGCCGGUCGGCGACCCUGGUCCUGGCCUACCUGAUGAUUCACAAGAACAUGACCGUGGUGGACGCCAUUCGACAAGUGGCCAAGAACCGCUGUGUCCUACCCAACCGGGGCUUUCUGAAGCAGCUCCGGGAACUGGACAAGCAGCUGGUGGAGCAGAGGCGACAGGCCCAAUGCAGUGACAACAGUGAGAAGGCUGGUGAGAAGGAACCGUAG